AUGCAGGCAGGGGAAACAUAUCUGAUUAAGCAAGAACCACCUUAUAUAACUGGCCCAGUGGAAACAGAGCAUGCUGGGAUCUAUGCCGGUGUUGAGGCCAGUCAUGGCAGUUCUACUGCCAGCAACUUAGCUGCUGAAGAGUCAUCUGACUACUGUGUCCAUUGUCAGGUGAAAUAUGCAGGGAGCUGCCCAAUACAUGGUCCACCCCUCCUUGGUGAUACAUUUCAGGUAGGGUUUGGUCCUGGCCACACGUCCAGCUCAGUUAGUCCAGAGCAGCACUACUUCAGUAGCAAUAGGGAGAUGAUGGAACUGGCCUCCCAGACACACAGUCCAGACCUCUACACCUGUGGCCAGUGCUACCUGCUCUUCCCCAACAAUGAACAGUUGGACUUGCACCUGACAGGAUGUCACAGGGACAUGAAACCAUCAUUACCUCUGCAAGCUCUGUCCCAAGACUACAGCCAUCAAGCCAGUAGGUUCUCCAACAAGAAAUCUGACAUCAACAUUACACACGAGUCCACUGUUAUGUCAGAAGGGACCCAGAAUGUGGGGUCUGUAGACCCCGCUGCUCACUUCAACCAGAUAAACAGUUCAGGGGCUAACAGU